UGGACGCAGAUGGGCAUCCACCGUAUGGCACCCCUCCACCGUGCAGACAGGAGCGUGCACACGUGCGCUUUGCGGGGUGAAGCGCGCGCCGUGCGGGUGUGACAGUAACCGAAACCGUGAGAUGCGUCCGUCCUCGCUGCCUACUUCAAUGCACGACGGAAGAGAGGAGAUCUAUCCGCGCGGUACCCGAGUUGCAAGCCUGGCGACAGACACAGGUGCCACACUUAGGCUGAUGGAGUUUGCUUACGGCGCCGAUCUGGAAGAGUUAUGUCCCGUCUGUGGGGACAAAGUAUCCGGUUAUCACUACGGACUGCUCACGUGUGAGAGCUGUAAGGGCUUUUUUAAGAGGACUGUUCAAAAUAAUAAAAGAUACACUUGCGCUGAAAACCAGGACUGUAAAAUAGACAAGAGCCAACGAAAGAGAUGCCCGUUCUGUCGCUUUCAGAAAUGCCUCGGCGUCGGCAUGAGGCUCGAAGCGGUGCGCGCCGACCGCAUGCGAGGCGGCAGGAACAAGUUUGGCCCAAUGUACAAGCGUGACCGUGCCCUAAAACAGCAGAAGAAGGCUCUCCUCCAAGCCAGCGGGAUCAAGCUGGAGCCAGCACUGCCACUGCCCCCCCCCCUGCAGGCCGACUGCAGCUUCACAGCUAGUCUGCGGGACUCUCAGACGCCACCUGAAGGGCUCCUGCAUGCCGGCUGCUAUAGGCCACCUGCGCCAGGUGUGGCCAAUCAGGACUCCCGAGCCGGACCUGUCACUGGCCAAUACCAGCACACCCUCUUCCCCAGUCGGACCAUCAAGUCCGAGUACCCAGACCAGUAUGGUGGUGUGUCCGACUCCCAGAUGGGCUACCUGUACCCGGAUGUCUGCCCCUCGGGGUCCCCCCACCCCCCCCGGGUGCCCCCGCUGGUCCUGGAGCUGCUGCGUUAUGAGCCGGACGAACUGCAGAUGCAGAACAAAAUCGUGGUGUCGCUGCAGAUGGAGCAGGGGGGUCGCGGCAGGCAGGAGAAGCCCGCCACCUUCAGCCUGGUGUGCCGCAUGGCCGACCAGACGCUCUUCUCCAUUGUGGAGUGGGCAAGGAGCUGUGUCUUCUUCAAGGAGCUCAAGGUGGGCGACCAGAUGAAGCUGCUGCACAGCUGUUGGAGCGAGCUGCUGCUGCUGGACCACGUCUCACGACAAAUGCGUCACGCCAAUGCCAACAGCCUCCUGCUGGUCACUGGUCAGGAGGUGGACAUCGCCCCCAUCGCUGCCCAGGCAGGUGUUACCCUGGACAACCUAGUCCAGAGGAGCCAGGAGCUGGUGGCCAAGCUGCAAGCUUUGCUAGUGGAUCGGAGGGAGAUCGCCUGCCUCAAGUUCCUCAUACUGUUCAACCCUGACGUGAAGCUGCUGGAGAACCAGCAGUUGGUGGAGAAUGUCCAAGAGCAGGUGAGCGCUGCCCUGCAGGAGUACACAGCACGCAGCUACCCGCAGUUCCUGGACAAGUACGGGCAGCUGCUUCUGCGUCUGCCCGAGCUGCGUGCCCUCAGUGUGCAGGCUGAGGACUACCUGUGCUACAAACACCUGGGGGGCGAGGUGCCCUGCAACAACCUGCUACUAGAGAUGCUGCACGCCAAGCGGACCUGUGUGUGAGCGCUGCCUUGGACCCGCCCACCAGCCUCGCCCAGAAAUAUGCUCCGCCCCUCUGACCACUGCACAGGGGAGCCUCAGUGCUACUUUAUCAAAACAAACACGGACCCACUCGUGUUGCUGCCGAUCCUUCAAACAGUGGUGGCCACAAACAGUCACUAUGCCAAACAUUCAAUAAGAACUUUCCUUAUUUAUGGGACGAUGAAGCAGCAUGUUCCAUUACCCAGCUAGUUAGCUGCGAUCUUCUGAUUGUACUCACUAACUGUAACAUCAUAUGCAGCCAUGCUAGCAGCAUCAGAGAGAAAACCAAAGAUAGGGCGUCUCUGACAGAUUAACUGAAGCUGACCAGUUCCUUCAUCACAAGCUUUAUAGAAAAGACAGGGGUGUAAACAACCAACUUGCCCCUAAACAUGAUAUGAAAUAGCUGUUUUUUUAAAGAGCAUGUUUUACUUUUUUUAGACGCCUUCUGGCGAGUCUGGUAACACACAUAGAAACACCAAUUCUCUUCAAAGAGCCACAGAAGCUGGGAGGCACUGUUUGGUCCUAUAUGUGUAAUUUGCUGGGGGGGGGAUCCUCUGCAGCUGUGUAAUCAUGAACCUGACAUCCUGAGUGACGCAGAGAGUCCAUCUGAACAGCAGUUGAACCGUGUCUGACUCUCGUCUGGACCGCAACUGGACCUAUGAACGUUUAAUAGCGACCAGGACGCCCAGCAUUUCAGGAUGACAUAUCACAGAUAUGAAUCUUUAUUUUCAUGUUUCACAUUUUCAGUGCAGUGAGAUGACAGUUGAAAUCUCACCAGUAAGGUGUCUGUUAGGGUGCAGUAAGGUCCCACCCGAGCAGCGCCUGCCUUAAAUGCUACCCCCAUCCCGGUUACCUCGUAGGUCCUCUGUGGGGCAGCUUUUUCAGAAAGACAUAUCUGUACUAUACUGUGAAAAAUUAUCCUUCCUGUGGAUUUUUCCAGAAGGGAGGGUGCGCAUGACCGCUUCAUACCUUCCACAUUCUUCCUUUUCAAAUCAGUUUUCUAAGUUCCCUCUAGACAGUCACCUGACAGCAUGUACUCUUGGUCACAGGAUGCACCUGUCCCUCUUUAUUUACAGAUUUUCUGUUCAGCCAAAUCAUGUAAACUUCUUUCUUCCAUGCCUGUAAUUGUUUGGAAUUAUUAAAAGCCAUU